AUGCCAGGGAAUGCCUUUACCCCGGAGGCAGGGAACAGGCAGAGGAAGAGGGGGGAAGCUGUAAGGAAGCAUCUGAGGUUGGAGUCUCAAGGCAGGAAACAANUAUGCUCCUCCUGUGCUGCUGAGGGCACCCACAGGCGCUGCUCUGGCCUGAGAAACUGCACAGAAAGCUGGGAGUGUGACAUCUGUGCUGGUCUCGGCACAGCCUCCAGGGAUGGGCCGGAGCUCCAUGGCCCCAGCCUGACCAGCCAGUCAGGACUGGAACCUUCUCAUGGCUCCCCAGAAUCAGAGGCCAUCAGCUCCAGCUCCCACAGCCUGCUGCCAUCGGGUCUGGCUCCCCAGUCUCCAGAGACCAGCAGGCGCAGCAGCCACCGACAUGCAGCAGCGCAGACGUCGCUGCCACCUUCCUCGCUGGACACCGGCAGCUCAAGCACAUCAGGGUCAACGUACAGCAGCUCCACAGACCCUGAGAACAGGGUCCAUUGCAGAUGUGCUGGGCCUGAGCGCAGGCGAAAGCGCUCUCGCCAGCAAGGUCGGGCCCCAAAUCGACCCAUCCAGUCAAGGAGUCACCGUGACAGGAGCACCAGGGCAAAACCAAGGGCCGAGAGGCGCAGGCAAAGGGAGACACCAUCACGGCAAUUCCCCAGACGCAGCCGCUCCCGCCGGCAGCGUCGGGCCCAGAGUCCAGCUGUCCGGUCAAAGAGUCGGCAUGACAGGGACGACAGGACAGCAUCAGGGGCUGACAGGCCCAGGCAAACAGAGACACCAUCAGGGCCGUCCCCCAGACGCAGCCGCUCCCGCCGGCAGCGGCAGGCCCAGAGUCCAGCUGUCCGGUCAAAGAGUCGGCAUGACAGGGACGACAGGACAGCAUCAGGGGCUGACAGGCCCAGGCAAACAGAGACACCAUCAGGGCCGUCCCCCAGACGCAGCCGCUCCCGCCGGCAGCGGCAGGCCCAGAGUCCAGCUGUCCGGUCAAAGAGUCGGCAUGACAGGGACGACAGGACAGCAUCAGGGGCUGACAGGCCCAGGCAAACAGAGACACCAUCAGGGCCGUCCCCCAGACGCAGCCGCUCCCGCCGGCAGCGGCAGGCCCAGAGUCCAGCUGUCCGGUCAAAGAGUCGGCAUGACAGGGACGACAGGACAGCAUCAGGGGCUGACAGGCCCAGGCAAACAGAGACACCAUCAGGGCCGUCCCCCAGACGCAGCCGCUCCCGCCGGCAGCGGCAGGCCCAGAGUCCAGCUGUCCGGUCAAAGAGUCGGCAUGACAGGGACGACAGGACAGCAUCAGGGGCUGACAGGCCCAGGCAAACAGAGACACCAUCAGGGCCGUCCCCCAGACGCAGCCGCUCCCGCCGGCAGCGGCAGGCCCAGAGUCCAGCUGUCCGGUCAAAGAGUCGGCAUGACAGGGACGACAGGACAGCAUCAGGGGCUGACAGGCCCAGGCAAACAGAGACACCAUCAGGGCCGUCCCCCAGACGCAGCCGCUCCCGCCGGCAGCGGCAGGCCCAGAGUCCAGCUGUCCGGUCAAAGAGUCGGCAUGACAGGGACGACAGGACAGCAUCAGGGGCUGACAGGCCCAGGCAAACAGAGACACCAUCAGGGCCGUCCCCCAGACGCAGCCGCUCCCGCCGGCAGCGGCAGGCCCAGAGUCCAGCUGUCCGGUCAAAGAGUCGGCAUGACAGGGACGACAGGACAGCAUCAGGGGCUGACAGGCCCAGGCAAACAGAGACACCAUCAGGGCCGUCCCCCAGACGCAGCCGCUCCCGCCGGCAGCGGCAGGCCCAGAGUCCAGCUGUCCGGUCAAAGAGUCGGCAUGACAGGGACGACAGGACAGCAUCAGGGGCUGACAGGCCCAGGCAAACAGAGACACCAUCAGGGCCGUCCCCCAGACGCAGCCGCUCCCGCCGGCAGCGGCAGGCCCAGAGUCCAGCUGUCCGGUCAAAGAGUCGGCAUGACAGGGACGACAGGACAGCAUCAGGGGCUGACAGGCCCAGGCAAACAGAGACACCAUCAGGGCCGUCCCCCAGACGCAGCCGCUCCCGCCGGCAGCGGCAGGCCCAGAGUCCAGCUGUCCGGUCAAAGAGUCGGCAUGACAGGGACGACAGGACAGCAUCAGGGGCUGACAGGCCCAGGCAAACAGAGACACCAUCAGGGCCGUCCCCCAGACGCAGCCGCUCCCGCCGGCAGCGGCAGGCCCAGAGUCCAGCUGUCCGGUCAAGGAGUCACCGUGACAGGAGCACCAGGGCAAAGCCAAGGGCCGAGAGGCGCAGGCAAAGGGAGACACCAUCACGGCAAUUCCCCAGACGCAGCCGCUCCCACCGGCAGCGUCAGGCCCAGAGUCCAUCUUUUCUGAUAAGGGAUGUAUAUGACAAGAGCCACAGGACAAUUUCAGGGACUGAGCGGCCCAGUGGAAGGGAGACACCAUCAGGGCCAGAUGCGUCCUCCAGACGCAGCUGCUCCCGCCUACAACGCAGCCGCUUUCACCUGCAGCGUUGGGCCCUAAGUCCUGCUGUCCGGUCAAGGAGUCACCGUGACAGGAGCCACAGAAGAAUUUCAAGGGCCGAGAGGCCCAGGCGAAGGGACACACCAUUGUGGGCAUCUGCCACACGCAGCCGCUCCCGCCUGCAGCGUCGGGCCCAGAGCCCAGCUGUUCAGACAAGGAGUCGGCGUGGCAGGGACGACAGGACAGCAUCAGGGGCUGACAGGCCCAGGCGAGCAGAGACACCAUCAGGGCCGUCCCCCAGACGCAGCCGCUCCCGCCGGCAGCGUCGGGCCCCGAGCCCAGGGGGGGGGGGGGGGCGCCUGCAGCGUCGGGCCUCGAAUGGACCUGUCCAGUGCAGGAGUCGCCAGGACAGGAGCAGCAGCACAGCAGCAAGGGCUGACAGGCCCAGGCGCAGGGGGACACCGUCGGGGACGUCUCGCAGGAGCAACCGCGGCCGCCAGCGACAUCAGGCCUCAACUUGGACCUGA